AUGAUUGGGAGAUUCAAAGCAAGUAUUCCAAUACCCAACAUCAGCCAACUGUACUGCAAACCUCACUGGCCCUACGUCCACAACACAACAGAGCCAUCAGACAGUGCCUGCCAAGCUACUUCUGAUGACCCCUGCAACAACUACACUGCUCUAGACAAUCCUUGGAGAGCCACUAAUACAACCACCCAGCUGAACAUUUGUGACCGCCCAUUCAACUGGACUGGCUGGUACCGGAUGCUGUAUUAUGGAAUGAACAUCCGUAUGCCACAGAGCUGUGUUAAUGAGUACAGAUGUGGUACUGAUAUCACUCUGUGGCUGAAUGAUCCUCACCCUCAGAUAGUGGAUGGAAUAGUUAAUUGCAGGGUCUGUGGGAGCUCAGGAAGUGACUGCUGCGCCUCUGUUUCCACCCCGAUUCGAGUCAAAGCAUGCCCAGGAAGCUAUUAUGUCUAUGAGUUUGUCAAGACUACUUGCAGUGCAGCAUACUGUGCAGAUGUGAAUACUAUCAGUCCAAACAUCGUCCCAACGACUGCAACUAUUACUGCAGUGUCUAACUAUGCUGUGUUUGACCCUUGCAAUGUCUACACUGUUCUUGAUGAUGAAUGGAGGAUAAUGGAUGGUCUAGCCUACACAAUAUACCGUGGUCAUGAUGACACAGUUGCUAAAUGGAAUGGUUGGUAUCGGCUAUAUCUUCAGGGAAAAAGUGCUCAGAUUCCUGAACCUGAUUGGUGUGCAAAUUACAUUGUAUGUGGUGGUUACACACCACUUUUCCUUGGAGGAUCUCAUCCACAACCGCAGGAUGGCAUUGUCACCCGAGAAAUCUAUGGAUCAUACGGCUAUGUGACUGAUGGCAGGCAGUGUAAUUCCUACAGAUCAAACCCAAUCCAAGUCAAAGCCUGCCCAGGACAGUUCUAUGUCUAUAGACUUGUCCAACCAGCUGUGUUAUUUCCAAGGCCUACAUACUGCUCAGUUGCUUUGGACACUCCUAGCAAUGAUCCUUGCAACAGUUACACAUCUUUGGAUCAACCCUGGAGAGGCACUAAUGCAACUGGAGGGACCAACUGUGACAGAUCUUUUAAUGGGGACGGCUGGUACCGGCUGCUGUAUAACCGGAUGAACAUCCGUAUGCCGGAGAGCUGUGUUGCUUUAUCCAAAUGUGGUACUGCAACCUCUUUGUGGCUGAACGGAUCUCACCCUCAGAUGUUGGACGGAAUAGUUGCUCUCCGAGUCUGUGGGAGGUCAGGAACUGACUGCUGUUACUACAGAUCCACCCCAGUUAGAGUCAAAGCAUGUCCAGGAAACUAUUUCGUCUAUGAGUUUUUUAGUACACCUUUCUGUGAUGCAGCUUACUGUGCAGAUGUGACCACCAUUAUGCCAAUCUCUACAACAACAGCUGCCAGUAGCACUAAACUGACCACGAGAUCUGAUCUGUACACAACAAAUGUGAGCGCUGCUAUGUCCAUCAUAACAACAACACUGGACGUUCGCAGUCAACUGAACAGAAUAAAUGUGAGCACUGCUAUGUCCAUCAUAACAACAACACUGGACGUUCGCAGUCAACUGAACAGAACAAGGUCCAAGUAG